UUUUUUUUUUGCAAUCUGAAUUUUGCAAAAAAAUUGGGCUGUUUUCCCCUCCCCUCUUUUGCAAUCUGUGGAUCUAAAGCCCUCUUAUUAAUUGCACGCUGUGUUUUUGUUUAGAAGGGGAGGAGGAAGGGAGGGGGGGUUGCAAGGCGAAAAGAAAAGAUGGAGGUCGAAGAUGCGGACUGUUUGUUCCAACGUGCCUCGUCCCGGCUGCUCCUGGAGGCCCGCAGGCAACGCUGAAGAAGCGCCCCGGCGACCUUUCGCUCCUCUCCUCCUGGAAGGAGGGGGCUGAGCCAAAAAAAAAGAAGGGGGGGAGAGCGGCUGCUAUAUUGCAAGCACCAAAACAAGGCUCUGGCACCCCCCUCCCCUUGGGCGCAUCCGGAGGGGGGCAGGAAAACCAAGCGACCAACGCUCUCCCAAAGAAUCUCACCCCCUUGUCGGUUGCUUUUUGGGGAGGGGGCGCUCUCCAUUUCCCCUCCCCGUUAUUGUUUUUUUUUUUUUUUUGCUUUCCCUCCUGGGGAGGGGAAGAAGAUUUGGAGGACUUUCCCGGAUUUAUUUAUUGGUGUGUGUGGUUUUUUAAAAACAUACAAACAAAAAAAGGCAAUUUGGGCCAGAUUAACACAAAACAGAGGAAUGAAGUCUGGCGUUCCGAGAGGGUCCUUAAUUGGGGGACUUCUGAUUGUUUUAGCCACGACCUGCCUAUGGCCAGCGAAUGGGAAGAUCUGUGGGCCGAACAUAGAUAUUCGGAACAGCAUGCAAGAACUGAAGCAGUUGGAAGAUUGUACGGUGAUCGAGGGGUUUCUCCGGAUUUUGUUGAUCUCCCAGGUAGACGACUUCAGCUCCUACAGCUUCCCGAAACUUAUCGUCAUCACAGACUACUUGCUACUGUUCCGCGUGGCGGGUCUGGAGACCCUCAGCGAUCUCUUCCCCAACCUCACAGUCAUCCGUGGCAAGAACCUUUUCUACAAUUAUGCACUGGUUAUCUUUGAGAUGACCAACCUCAAAGACAUUGGGCUGUACAAUUUGAGGAACAUCACUCGAGGAGCCAUUCGGAUUGAGAAGAACUCCGACUUGUGUUACCUCUCCACUGUGGACUGGUCACUCGUCUUGGAUGCGGCGUCCAACAACUACAUCGUAGGGAAUAAAUCACCGAAGGAAUGUGGGGAUCUCUGCCCCGGCACAGCAGAGGGGAAUUCACGGUGUAAGACAACCUACAUUAAUGACGAACACAGUCCCCGUUGCUGGACUUCAAACCACUGCCAGAAAAUAUGUCCCAGCUCUUGCGGCAAAAACGCGUGCACAGAACAGAAUGAAUGUUGCCAUCCGGAAUGCUUGGGGAGCUGCACGGCACCAAACAACAACACUGUUUGCGUGGCUUGCCGCAACUACUACCACGACGGGGCCUGCGUUCCCACUUGCCCCCCCAACACCUACAAGUUUGAGGGCUGGCGCUGCAUCACGAGGGAGGCCUGCAAAGAACUGUCAACGGCUGCACCGGAUGACGAGAAGUUUGUGAUUCAUGAUAAUGAGUGUGUGCAGGAAUGUCCUCCUGGAUUCAUGCUCAAUGAUUCCCAAAGCAUAUUCUGUAGCCCCUGCGAAGGGCCGUGCCCCAAAGAAUGCGGGGCCGAGAAGACUUUGACCGUGAUUGAUUCCGUCACGGCAGCGCAGCUGUUGCAAGGGUGCACCGUAAUCAACGGGAACCUGCUGAUCAACAUUCGCCGCGGGAACAACAUUGCUGCAGAACUGGAGAACUUUAUGGGCUUGAUUGAAACAGUGACUGGUUAUGUGAAGAUCCGCCAUUCGCACGCACUGGUGUCACUGUCUUUCUUUAAAAAUCUACGGUAUAUUAACGGAGAAGAGCAGUUGGAUGGGAAUUACUCAUUUUAUGUGUUGGACAACCAAAAUCUGCAGCAGCUGUGGGAUUGGAACAGUCACAACCUGACUAUUAGGGAGGGGAAAAUGUACUUCGCUUUUAAUCCCAGACUUUGCAUUUCUGAGAUUCAGCAGAUGGAGGUGGUGACGGGAACCAAAGGUCGGCAAAGCACGGACGAUAUAAAUACGAGGAACAAUGGGGAGAGAGCCUCCUGCAAAAGCCGUGUUUUGAAUUUUCUUUCAAAUACCACCAUGAAGAAUCGGAUCAUGCUCACAUGGGAGCUGUAUCGCCCCAAAGACUACAGAGAUCUGAUUAGUUUCACCGUUUAUUACAAAGAGGCACCCUUCAAGAAUGUGACAGAAUAUGAUGGGCAAGACGCUUGUGGGUCCAACAGCUGGAACAUGGUAGACAUUGAUCUGCCCCCUGGCAAAGGUGAAAAUCCUGGCGUCUUGCUGCAGGCACUUAAACCGUGGACUCAGUAUGCCAUUUACGUCAAGGCUGUCACGCUGACCAUGAUGGAGAACUAUAAUGAUGACGGAGCAAAGAGUGACAUUGUCUACAUCCGAACCAAAGCUGCAGUGCCAUCCUUUCCUCUUGACGUUGGCUCAAUGUCCAAUUCCUCCUCGGAGCUGAUUGUGAAGUGGAAACCUCCUACUUACCCCAACGGCAACCUGUCUUACUAUAUUGUUCGAUGGCAACAACAGCCCCAAGACAGCUACCUUUAUGAGCACAACUAUUGUGCUAACGGUAAAGUCCCCAUUCGGAAACAUUCGGAUGGGACGAUCAAUAUGGAGGAAGCCACUGAGCCAACCAGGCCAGAGGGAUCCGAGGGGGAGAAAGCACAUUGCUGUAAAUGUCCUAGGACAGAGGCGGAAAAGCAAGCGGAGAAGGAGGAGGCAGAAUACCGCAAAGUCUUUGAGAACUACCUCCAUAAUGCCAUCUUUCUGCCCAGGCACGACCGGAAGCGAAGGGACUUGUUCAGAGCGGCAAACACAACUCUGGCCACCAGUAGCAAGAACACAACAGUCCCAGAACACUUUGCCAACACAUCAGAGGUGGAAGAAGGUAAUAUCGAGUACCCCUUCUUUGAAAGCAGAGUGGAAGGCCGAGAACGGACCGUCAUCUCCAACUUGCUGCCAUUUACGGUCUACCGCAUCGACAUCCACAGCUGCAAUCAUGAAGCUUUGACACUGGGCUGCAGCGCUGCAAAUUUUGUCUCAGCAAGAACCAUGCCCGAAGCCGGCGCGGAUGACAUUCCAGGACCAGUCACGUGGGAAGUGAAGGACGAAAACACGAUUUACUUGAAGUGGCCAGAACCGCCGAGCCCUAAUGGGUUGGUCCUGAUGUAUGAAAUCAAAUACGGGCCAGUCGGUGGAGAGGAGAAAGGGGAAUGUAUUUCCAGGCAAGACUAUAAGAAGCUUGCGGGAGCCAAAUUGAUGCAUCUAAGUCCUGGAAAUUAUUCUGUUAGAGUCCAAGCCACUUCUCUUUCUGGGAAUGGAUCCUGGACUGAACCCAUCUCUUUCUAUGUCAAGCCUAAGCCGGCAGACUAUGGAAAUUUCCUGCAUCUUAUUAUUGUUCUUCCCAUCGCCGUCUUGCUGAUUGUCGGAGGCCUGCUGAUCAUGCUGUAUGUCUGCAACAAAAAGAGGAACAGUGACAGGCUUGGAAAUGGAGUCCUGUAUGCCUCUGUGAACCCUGAGUAUUUCAGCGCUUCAGACGUUUAUGUACCAGAUGAGUGGGAAGUGCCCCGGGAGAAGAUCACCAUGUGCCGAGAGCUGGGGCAGGGCUCCUUCGGGAUGGUGUAUGAAGGAAUAGCGAAAGGUGUGGUUAAGGAUGAGCUGGAAACAAGAGUGGCCAUCAAGACUGUCAACGAGUCUGCGAGCAUGCGAGAACGGAUAGAGUUUCUGAACGAGGCCUCUGUGAUGAAGGAGUUUAAUUGUCACCACGUGGUGCGGCUUCUUGGAGUCGUCUCUCAAGGACAGCCCACGUUGGUCAUCAUGGAACUCAUGACCCGGGGAGAUCUGAAGAGUUACCUGCGAUCCCUCCGGCCAGACACAGAGAACAACCCAGCGCAGGCGCUUCCAGCCCUGAAGAAGAUGAUCCAGAUGGCAGGCGAGAUUGCGGACGGCAUGGCCUAUUUGAAUGCCAACAAGUUUGUCCACAGGGAUCUCGCUGCAAGGAAUUGCAUGGUUGCAGAAGACUUUACUGUGAAAAUUGGAGAUUUUGGCAUGACGAGAGAUAUCUAUGAAACCGAUUACUAUCGAAAAGGAGGGAAAGGCCUGCUGCCUGUUCGCUGGAUGUCUCCAGAAUCCCUGAAGGAUGGCGUGUUCACGACGCAUUCGGACGUUUGGUCUUUUGGCGUUGUCCUGUGGGAGAUAGCCACGCUAGCGGAACAGCCUUACCAAGGCAUGUCCAACGAGCAAGUUCUUCGCUUUGUAAUGGAGGGUGGACUUCUGGAGAAACCCGACAAUUGCCCCGAUAUGCUUUUCGAGCUGAUGCGUAUGUGCUGGCAAUACAAUCCCAAGAUGAGACCCUCCUUCUUGGAAAUCAUUGGGAGUAUCAAGGAUGAGCUUGAUCCAGCCUUUAAAGAGGUCUCCUUCUUCUACAGCGAUGAGAACAAGCCCCCUGACACGGAAGAGCUAGACUUGGAGACAGAGAACAUGGAGAGCAUUCCUUUAGACCCCUCCUCUACCCUCCAACCUUCGGACAAACACUCAGGACACAAAGCAGAGAACGGCCCCGGCAUGGUGGUUUUGCGGGCUAGCUUUGAGGAGAGGCAGCCCUACGCACACAUGAACGGGGGACGCAAGAACGAACGAGCGUUACCUCUGCCCCAGUCUUCAGCCUGCUGACCUUUGGAACCAGGUUUUUGCAAAUACGUACACACGUGUGUAUUUGGGGGUAGGGGAAGCAAGCAAGCAAGAAAAAAUAACAAUAUAUUCAAAAGCCUACUGUACCUCAGUGGAUCUUCAGAACCGUCAUAGCUGCACACAGGAGACUCCUCUUCAUUUAGAAGUUGAAAUAACUUUUUUUUUUCAAUAUGCAAGCAGAAGAUGGUUUCAGCAAAAGAAACUCUGUAUGCGGGGCGCACGGUCAGCCUUCUAAAACUCUUAACGUUAACACUUAAUAGCAACACAAAACUUGAGAAUCUGACGCGUGUCUCCCUUUUUUCUCCUCUUUCUCUCUGCUUCAUAAUGGGAAACAUAUCUGCGUGAAGUUCAACUGUAUGGCACUUUUUUAUCACAUCAGAGAAAAUUGCAGGCCAGCCAGCUCUUCGUUACCCCUUGCAAGUACCUGCUUAACACUGUAGGUUGUUAAAACAAAAAGAGGAUUCAAAGGAAAAAAAGGACUGGAUUUUUAAUAUUAUUCCUUGAUCUUUUUAGGAUCACAUAGAAGAAUAAAGAAGGGCCAUUGUUUGUCCAAGGCUGUUAACAGUUUUCAACGCUGCCAAAUUUUGCCAAAAAAGAGGAACUUUUUCUUUUAGGAUUUUUUUGUUGUUGUUCGUAGGCAUAGAAGGAGCAAAUUAAUCACAGGCUCCAGUUAAAUGAAAUACUGACCAAUACACUCGAUUCAAUCAUACACUGGCAUUAAAAAAAAAUCAAAUUGCUAGAUAUCUUUUUCAGCUGGACAAAACCUGAUUAUUUUUUUCCUUCAUGCAAUUGAGAACGUAAGGGGGUUGUUGAGGUUUAAAUAAAUAUUCCCCUCCUUAGAUGAAUUCUGGACAAAAGAGGCAUCGGUGAGCCAAAUCAGAGGGGGUGGGGGAAGAGAUAUCUUGUGCAGAAAUUCAGCAGCACUCCAAAAAGGAAAUAAAGGCAGACAAAACCAGAAGGGAUUUUCAUAAGUUGUUCCUGCUGUCCUUGGCAGGCUUGUGGAAAAACAAACAAACCAACAACUAAGAGAAACACACAAAUUGGAGGAGAAUACCCAAUUAAAUGGAUUCAAGCAUCUAACACUUUGUCAACCUUUUCUCUCUGUUACUAAGACUUCAAAAAGGUCUUGCAGUUCUAUGUUAGACCAUGGAUCAUUGCAUACACAUAUGUCUUUUUGUGUCACUUUUAUAACUUUUUUACAGUUCAGAUACUCAUCUAUAUGUCUGUACAGAAAAAAGCUGCUAUUUUUUUUUGUUUAUCUUUGUGGAUUUAAUCUAUGAAAAAAAUCUUCAGGUCUACCCUUUCCCCUCCCCUUGCCACCCCUUACCCCCCACCCCAUUCCCAGAAAAUUUUCUUAUGCUUUGUACUUUAAUGUGUAACUUCUAUUUUUUUUGCCUGUCCUCGCCUUCCCAAGACGCGAUACCUGAAACAUGAUUUGCCAUGAACUGUUUAAUGCCUUCUAUAAAUAAUUUCUGCUUUUAUUUCACGCUCUCUCUCUCUCUCCCUCCCUUUCUGCUACUUGUUUGAACAAUAUUUAGGCUGUUCAGGGUUAAAACUCUCUUUAGGUGAAGUGGGGGUGGUGAUAGGGAUAAGCUGCUGGUAAGACUCUCUCGUGUGUCUUGGCCAGGGCUAUCUCCUCCCUUCGAACAACUAUAUUCUCGUUUUCCUCACCACCUUUUGCCCAUACAACACCCAAGUCUGUUACAGCGCAAGGUAUGAUACAAACUCAGGUCGGGGGGCGGGGGGGGGGGGGAAGGUUCAUUCUUUGUAGUUCAUCCUUAUUCAGUGUUCAUAUUCAUUGAUGUAUAGCCUCGUCCCAGCUCACACUUCGUUUUGAGGUUGCGUUUCAAACAACCGCACACAGAAACCUACAUGCGUAUGUAUCUUAAUUGUGGGAUGUAACAGCUUUUGAGCCGCAGAUACCAGGCUUUGGGGGUCAUCCUUAUUAUUAGUUUGUUUUUUUUUAAUUUUAAAAUGAAACCUUGUUUAACGUUUCCAUCCCAUCAACAACAUGUGUUUUGUUGUUUUCCACUGACAGUAAUGAGGUUGUGGAAUGUUUCUGAUAGUAGGAUGUGGCCAGUAUAGUUAACCAAAUCACAUAAGAGAGUUGCUGGUAGGUUCAGGUUCCCCCCCCCCCGAAAACGGCCACUGGUUACAAGUGGAGGCAGGCAGCAAAACAGAGAUGUGAGUCACACUGGACGAGCUGCUGACCGCGUGGUCGAAGUGUUCUGUUGCGACAGCGGCAGGUAUGUGUGCAAGCUCCUGCCUGGUGAGUCAGACCAAGCUCCCCAAACAGGAGCUCCUGAAUUGAGUUGCCGAAUGCCUUUCUGAGGAGCCGCAUAGAGAAGACCACGGUUCCCAGUUGCCUGAAAUCAAAGGGUCCCUUAAUACGAAAUCCAAUGGCUAGAAAGCAUUGAUCCAGCCACCAAUCUUUCAGCAAAAAGGGUUGUUUUGGGAUGGAAAUGUUGAAUUGUUCUGUGUUCGUUUGUUCUCUCUCUCUUCGGUUUGUUUGAGUAAGAACAAAGAAUUAAAAAUAUAAUUGCUAGAUGUGACUGGAGAUAAGAUAUGUUUGUAGUGCUUUUUUGUCUUGCUUGUAUAGCUUCAGUCCCAACAUCAUCUUUUCACCUCUGUCCUGUAGUUUAUUUUUUUCCCCUUUAAAAAGAAAAAAAAAGAAAAAGAAAAGGUAUUCUAUGUAGGAUUUUUUUUAUUUAUUUUUGUGUUAUCAGUUUAAAUCACUGUAGAGGUGCCCCAUAUUAAAUUUAAAUGCUGAGAUAAGGGUUUUUGAGUUAUGACGGGGGGACAGUUUUUAAAUUUUUUUUUCAAACAUUUAUCUACCUCACUCUUAAUUUUUUUUUGUGUGUAUAUAUAAAAUAUACAUCUCACAUUUCUCAGCAGCCGACAAUAUACUGUUGAAUACUGGUAACCUCAUUCAUUGUACAAACCACAUCCUCCAGGUUUCGGAGAAGGGAGGCUAUAACUGAAUCCAAAAGAUCGCUUAAAAAGUUGGUAGAUGCUGUGUUUAAAACAGCCCAAACCCUGUGUUUCCAUGACAUAGAGAGGGCUGACAAACAAUUAUUUCAGGGGAUCGUUCAAACUAAAAUCCAUAACUUCUUUUUAAAAAGUUCUCGUGAAAAGAACAGCGCGGUGAAUAUCCUUGCACACUGUGCUGGUGAACUCUAGAAGACUAGCACAAUGGAAACGUUACAGAACCACGUCUUCUGGCCUAUGAAUUACUAGUUCUCUCUUGAGUUUAAAAUGAGGAAUCUGUUAAUGCAUUAUUCAGGUACCAGCCAUACACAAAUUUUGGAAGGUCACACUUCUGUAUAUGGAGGCGAGGGCAAAGUUGAUGUGCUCUUAAAACACCACAAGCCAAAAAAGGAUGCUUGAACAUAGUAGUACCUAAAAAUGGAAUGGUUCUUUGGGCCAAUCCAGCAAAGUUGAAUCAAGAAAUCAUCAACUUUAGAUCUUUUUCAUUAGAUGCUUCUGUGCUUUAUCUCUUGUUUUAUAUAGAUCUUUAAAAACAUUAAUUGAAUGUUAGGAUAUAUCUUUUCCUACACCCCAAAGCAAGUCUUGUUGGCAUUGAUUCUGAUCAACCUGUUGACAGAUUCUCCCAACAGGUUCUCUUGUUUAUGAAUUGGAGUAUUAACCAAAUGCACCUACCUUGAAGAUUACAUCAUCGCUGUCCCCCACCUCCGCCAGUAGGGCAGAUUGUCCCUGCAAGAACUGUUUAUGGUAGCUGAAUAAUGCUUAAAUAUUUUGAGAUGCGCAAGGCUUCUCAGAUACAUUACCAGUUCAUUUGUCCCUUUGAGAGAGCUCGGCUGUCUAGUUCCAGUGGGGCUAGAGAGAUUGAGAAUCCUUGGGAUCCCCUUUGCUUUUAAUUUCACUGAUUAGAAACUUUUCUGCCUGGUGAUCUUUUUGUUAUUCGAGUGGUGGCCUCUCCUCUCUUGCACAUAUUCAUCUCCACAAUCCGUGGGGAUCCUCAGAUCUUUCAGCUGGCUAAGAGGGUUUUGUUAAAACUGUCCAAGUUAUUAUUUUUUUUUAAUUGUAUGUAGGUGGUUUAAAAAUAUUAGGAGAGAACACUAAUAUUGUAGUGCCCAUCUUAAUAUACGUUUCAGAAGCAUUCAAGUGUAAGGCAGUUGUGUGACUGAACACGUGGGCGCAUGAGAUUACGGCAGCCUGUCUGGACCAAACCACCUCAACUCUACCAUUGUGUUCUGCACUCGCAACAUCUGAACUAAUUCCAUGUUGGUAUCCACAGCUCUUUCUAUACUGGUAUUUUGUGUGUGUGGGUGUGUCCCAGAUCACUUUACCUACCUGGUAUUUCUCAUACAGUCCUUCUGUUGAUAGUAAAUAUUAUUUAUGCAUGUCAAACAUUAGUGAUUUUAAUGUUGGCUUGGUAAUGGGCACAAGACUGCCUCUUUUUGUCAUGGGUUGGAGAAGCUUUUUUUCCCUAGAUCUUGAUAUGAGUUUGAAUCGCCCUUGUAAAAAUUCAAUUUGUAUGCCUAAUGGUAAGCUCAGAAGACCUAGCAAGAGGUGACUGUCCAAUGUAGAAAUAUGUUGAAUUGGGGGAAGACAGAAAGAUGAAUUAUUUGGGCAAGUGUCUCGUCUUUAGUAAAGAAGCAACUGUUUUUCCCCAUUUUACCCAUUGCAGUUUAGAGGUGAACUGCCCCUGAACACGUUUAGCUAUCAUGGAAAUAGACAUGGCCCUCUAAGUGCCUAGUUCCCUUUUAAAGCUAUCUAAGUCACUGGCCAUCACUGCAUCUUGUGGCAGUAAGUUCCAUCAGAUACGUGUGAAGAAUUUGUGUGUGUGUCCUGAAUCUACUAUUCGUCAAUUUAAUUGGAUGAGCCCUAGUUUUUCUAGUAUGAAGAAAUGAAAACUUUCUCAACACCAUACCCAUUUUUAAAUAAAACUAUACCACAUUUCUUAUUUGCAGUCCGUUUGCCAUCUUGUUGGCCAUUCACUGAAUACGAAGAAAGAAAUCCUUUUUUGGAGUAUUCAUGGUCCCUUUCAGCCUUCACCAUUCUGAAUAAUUUGGUGUCAUCCACAGACUUGGCUACCUCACUGACCUAUUCACCUAUUUAUUUGGGGGAGAUAUUUGGCUAGGGCUUGUAAUUCCCCCAGAUGGCCCCUCCCCAAAAUGCUUUUUAAAAGUUGAUGUUAGGUUGGCUGCCUUUCCAUUCUCCAGUAAGACUGUGUAGACAAGCUCACAUUUUUGUUGAGAUCAACAGUUUCAUAUGUAAUAACUUUGUAUGCUGUCCAGACACAGUGACAUACUAUUCUUUUUUAAAAAUUUAUCACUAAGCCCUAGAAGAACUUCAUCUCAUGUGAUCUUUGUUUGACUUAGUGGUUAGAAAUCCUCAUCACAAAUAAGUGGUUCAGGCACAAGAGUCCAUCAUAGUGAGCUUUUCUUGGUUUCAAAGGAAGGAGUUGUAUAAAGACAGAAGUGUUAACAAGUAACAAGUUCAGCUUGUUUAGACAAUAACUAGACAUAAAAACAGGCUGGCUUCCAGCUAAGUGUUGGCCUUUCCUCAAUACUUCUGCUCCUUGAGAACAGUUUCCAAGUGAAGUUGCAGUUGGUAAUCGCUGAUGCUGCUGUUUAGAUCCUCUGGGAACAGCAGAGGGUUGUUUGGCACAAUCCAUGUCUGAAUGAAUGACACUCCUAUUGUUGGUAUAAUUUUUCUAUAUAGUUAUAUUAAAACUUUCCAUUCCAAUAGUCAGUAACAAUUUCUUGUUACUCUUUAAUUUUGUUUGUCAGCAAUGUACUUAAUCACUGGGCUACGCGACAAGUUGCGGGAGCCACAGACGAUCCACUUCUUAACAACCAGUGAUGAACUCCAGAUACUGCAACUCAAAUAUUUUAAAAAAUAUUUUUUAAAAAUUGUUAGUGAUAAACUAAAUCAACAAGAGAGCCCAUUCAUAUAGGUUGAAUUUUUUUUUUUUUUUGGUUGGAGGUGCUGAAGAUACAGAACCCUUGGGUGAUAGUCAAGGUGGUUUGAGAUGGCAUCUCAGUUUAGAAGGCCAGUUGGUUCUGAAUUUGAGGUGCUUAACAUUUCUUUUCAUAGACUUUGAGAACCAUGAUGAGGUCUGUCUAAACUGCAGGGGAAACCCACACAAGGCUGUGUGUGAAAACGGUUGUAGUGCAGAAACACCAAUCUACAGAGACACAGAGUUUGACCGAACUUCAAAAGUAGCUGUGCAACUCUGAAAGCCUCCAUGCCCAGGAUUCACAAUUUUGUUGUUUGGAACUUGCAGAAUUAGAAUUAGAACCAUUGCUCAUUAUUACAUGUUUACCCUGAUCCCAAACCCCACGUGAAUGUGGAGCUCCUGCAUACAUACAGUUCUCUGUUCACUUUAAUAGAAAGCAGUUCCAUUCUAUGACACUGUGCUUUCUGUUGAUACAAAUGGAGAAACCCUCGCUAGGAGGGUGGAGGAGUUCUGUGUAUGCAUUGGGGCUGCUGGUUGGGGACAGCUGAGAUGUAAAAGUUGUGCCAGUUCCAGACGGCUUUCAUUACAUGUUUUGCAUGUGGAACGUGUGUGUGUUACAUGUGUGUGGUUGUCAUCUCUUUUUUUUGUAUCCUUCGUUGACUAGCAACCCAUUCACAUUUUCAAUGGGGCUCUUAAGUCCAGUAGAUUACGGGUAGUCAGUUGACAGACAAAAGAUUGGUUUACAAAACAAAAACAAACCUAAUUACAUAUUUCAUUGCAUUUUGUAAGUACAUAGAAUAAUUUUUAUAAAAAUGUUUGUAGUUUAUAAAUGCCUAAAGAUAAUUUAAAGGGCACUUUUCAGUGUGUGUGUGUGUGUGUCUGAGCAGGUAUGCGAGUGGUUUUUUUUUGGGUUUUUUUAAAAAGGAUACUGGUUUUACUAGUUAGCUUUACAAUAUGCCAAAAAAAAAUAUGGAUCCUGUACCAACUUGAGGUCAUGGCUCAUUCCUUGCCCAAGCUUAGUGUACCAGUACAGAGUAAACCCAGCAUAUGUUCUGUAUCUUCAGUAACCUGGUCUUCCGGAGCCCUCUGGAUAGAUGGGAUCAUUUCUAACUGGUCAUUUCACUUUUACUGUAUGAGUGCAGUUAAAUUUAACAGGUUAGGGGGGGGGAAACCUCAUUGGUUAAGGAAACAGAAUAAGUAUUGCUGCUAAGCAGUCCUGAGCUACAAUCCUAAACACAGUUCUUUGGAAGUAAAACCCACUGAAGUCAAAGUAACUUGCUUUCAAGUAAAGGUGCUUGGGAUUGGAACGAUGUUUGCAUUAUUUAAGUACAUGCUUUACUGUUGUUGCUUAGGUCGAUUGAAGGAUUUGACUGCAUAGAGUAGAUGGUGUGGUGAAAGACCAUUUUCAAUAGUUUUCACUGAAUGAAAGACAACUGUGUUUACCGAUUCCUCCUCACUUUUUAUAAAACAGAAGCAGUUUUAUAUGCAGCCUUUACAAUUUAUGUAGAUAUUUAGCAACAUUAAAGCUUUGUUUAAAUGACCAUCAAAGGGUCCCCUAUUUAUUAUAAUUAUUUAAACAAGAAUACCGAAGAUCCUGUUUCUUUUCUCCAAACAUGUUCCUUCCCCCUUCUUACCUGAAGGAUUCUGGAUAGUUUUGUUGCCUUCUUCAGAAUCAAUUUUUUUUUUCUGUUUUCUAAACCAGUGAGGUUUGAAGGGGAAAAAAAGGACUGGCCAGAGUUGUUCUACCUCUGGGACAAAAAAAGUUUUAAAAAAAAUCAAACUAGAAAGUGCUAUGGAACUGAAUGCAUUUGCAAACACAACAUUUUCCAAGUUACCUUGUUUAAAAUAUAAAGUUUUUUUAAAAAAUUAAAAAAAACAAUAAUUAACAUGGCCAAUUUAUUACAUAAAGACUUGCUGUGUAUAAAUUAUUCCUAAAGAAAUUCCUGUGUUUAUAUUAAAAUGAAUCAGUAGAUGAAAAAAAUUCAAAAUGUUUUUUGUAUAUUCUGUUGUAAGAAUUUAUUCCUGUUGCGAUAUACUCUGGAUUCUUUACAUUAUGAGAAAAAAAAAACCUUUGUCUAUUUUGAAUGGCUGAAGCUAAGGCUCUUUUAGUUUCUCUUACUCUGCUUUUUUCUAGUAGUUACAGUACUACAUGAUUAAGUUAAAUAAAAAGGAUUCUGUACGCA